AUGCCUGGGAUGACGAGCUGUAUCUCGAGCAAGCCAGCUUUCCAGAAGCAGGUUGUUGAAGUAAUUGUCAAAGCUGUCGAUGGAAUCACUCGAGUCGACGGGUGUAAUCUUCCCGAGCUUGAAGACCUGUUGUCUUAUCGUGAAGGGCUUGUUAUUGUCGACGAGAAAAGAAACAUCAUCAGCCUCGUACACUAUACGACCCAAGAACACCUUGACCAAGUGAGACAUAAGUGGCUUCCUAACUCCCACAAAGAGGUUGCUCUUAGCUCUCUUGCUUACCUGCCAUAUGACGACUUUGCCGAGGGUACCGGCCAGAGCGACAGUGUGUUCGAGCAUCGCUUGCAUAAGUAUAUACUAUUAUACUACUGUGCUAAGAACUGGGCCGACCAUGUGCCCGAUGCCCUCGAUGAAGAAGUCGAUGAAGCAGCUUUCGAGUUUCUUGAAGACGAUCAGAGAGUCGCUCAUGAGGUACAGGUGCGAAUGGUGACGGGCUACCACUUCCAACGUUACAAUGCCAAGGCGCCCAUCAAGAUUGGUGCUGUUCACAUCUCGGCACAAUUUGGGCUUACCAAGAUUGUGUCCCAAUUGCUUGACGGUGGCGCAGAGGCAAAUGUCAAGGAUGACUUGGGCAGCACGCCGCUGUCGUAUGCUGCCGAGUAUGGUCACAAAGAGGCCGUGGAACUGUUGAUGAAGCACACAGACACGGAUACAGAUUCUGCGGACGAACAAGGCCGUACGACUUUGUCGUGGGCCGCAGGGGCGGACAUGUCGAUGUACUCCGUCAAUGCCAACUCGAAAGACGAUAACGGACAGAUCCCAAUCUCAUGGGCAGCGUGCGAGGGCCAUAGAGAUGUGGUCGGGUUUUUCAUGACUCUCGAUGACGUCCAGAUACAUUCUGCAGAUCGUCGUGGAAAUACAGCAUUGAAGUGGGCGGCGCGAAAUGGGUAUGGGGACAUUGUGCUGGCCUUGGAGGCGAAGAGCCAACGGGGUGGUGCCGCAAGACGGAUAUCACUAUUGGAUACGGAGUCUGAUACUGCGAUGGAGAAUAUAGGUGACACACCAGCGUCUCACGUGCAUGAGACAGCGCGAAGGAGCGUGGUAGGAUGUAGUUCGAAUGAUUGGGACUCGUAUACAGACAGUGGCCUUUGGAAAAGUUUUUAG